UUACAGAUUAAAGGAUUUACCUGAAGACAAAGCAUUCUAUUCAUCAGAGACUGGACAAGAGUUACUCUUGCUUGUGGCAAUUAAAGAUGAUGUUGCCAUGGAAACAGUUGAUCCUGCUUUCAUUCAUUGGCUGCCUAGGAGGUGAGCUGCUCUUACAAGGCCCUGUGUUUAUCAAAGAGCCCAACAACAGCAUUUUCCCUGUUGGUUCAGAAGAUAAAAAGAUAACUUUAACUUGUGAAGCAAGAGGAAACCCUUCACCUCAUUACAGAUGGCAGCUGAAUGGGAGCCGAAUUGAUAGCAGUGUGCGCCAUCAUUAUAAGCUGAGUGGAGGCAACCUUACGAUCAUGAACCCCAAUAGGAACUGGGAUACUGGAAGUUACCAGUGCUUUGCCACAAACUCACUUGGAACAAUUGUCAGCCGAGAAGCCAGACUCCAGUUUGCUUAUCUUGAAAAUUUUAAAACCAGAAUGAGGAGUACUGUGUCAGUACGUGAAGGCCAGGGCAUGGUCCUGCUCUGCGGUCCCCCGCCACAUUCUGGUGAACUAUCAUAUGCUUGGAUCUUCAAUGAGUACCCAACAUUUGUUGAAGAAGAUAGCCGGAGAUUUGUCUCUCAAGAGACGGGACACCUCUACAUAGCUAAGGUGGAGCCAUCUGAUGUGGGGAAUUACACAUGUGUGGUGACAAGUACAGUGACCAACGCCAAAGUCCUGGGCUCCCCAACACCAUUGGUGCUACGGGCUGAUGGGGUAAUGGGUGAAUAUGAACCCAAAAUAGAAGUUCAGUUUCCCGAAGCUCUUCCUGCAGCUAAAGGUUCCACGGUGAAAUUGGAAUGUUUUGCCCUAGGAAACCCUGUACCUAAGAUUAAUUGGAGAAGGAGUGAUGGAAUGCCAUUUCCCAAUAAAAUUAAAUUGAGGAAGUUCAAUGGUGUGCUUGAAAUCCCCAAUUUCCAACAGGAAGAUGCAGGUUCCUACGAAUGUAUUGCUGAGAAUUCAAGAGGAAAAAAUGUGGCCAGGGGGCGCCUCACUUACUAUGCAAAGCCUCAUUGGGUUCAACUUAUAAAAGAUGUGGAAAUCGCUGUGGAGGACAAUCUUUACUGGGAAUGUCGUGCAAGUGGAAAGCCCAAGCCCUCCUACAGGUGGUUGAAAAAUGGAGAAGCCCUAGUACUAGAGGAGAGAAUACAAAUAGAAAAUGGUGCCCUUACAAUAUCAAACCUCAACGUGACUGAUUCCGGCAUGUUCCAGUGCAUAGCAGAAAACAAACAUGGUCUUGUCUAUUCCAGUGCUGAGCUCAAAGUUGUUGCCUCUGCUCCUGACUUUUCAAGAAACCCAAUGAAGAAGUUGGUUCAGGUACAGGUGGGCAGCCUGGUGAUCUUGGAUUGUAAACCCAGAGCUUCCCCCAGGGCUCUCUCUUCCUGGAAGAAAGGAGACGCGAUGGUACAGGAGCAGGAAAGGAUUUCUUUGCUAAGUGAUGGAGGACUCCGAAUAGCCAAUGUGACCAAGGCCGAUGCUGGAGCCUAUACUUGCACUGCCGAAAACCAGUUUGGAAGAGCAAAUGGCACAACCCGCUUGGUUGUUACAGAACCAACGAGAAUAACGCUGGCACCCUCUAACCUGGAUGUCUCCGUAGGCGAGAGCGUGAUUUUACCCUGCCAGGUGCAGCAUGACCCCUUGUUAGACAUAAUAUUUACCUGGUAUUUCAACGGAGCCCUCACAGAUUUUAAGAAAGAUGGAUCUCACUUUGAGAAAGUAGGUGGGAGUUCAUCGGGUGAUUUAAUGAUCAGAAAUAUCCAGUUGAAGCAUAGUGGGAAAUAUGUCUGUAUGGUGCAAAGUGGGGUGGACAGUGUUUCUUCUGCUGCUCAGCUCAUAGUAAGAGGUUCACCUGGACCCCCAGAAAAUGUGAAGGUAGAUGAAAUCACAGACACAACAGCCCAGCUCUCUUGGGAAGAAGGUACAGAUAACCACAGCCCCGUUAUGUCCUAUUCAGUUCAGGCAAGGACACCCUUCUCCGUGGGCUGGCAGACUGUCACAACAGUACCUGAGGUCAUUGAUGGCAGCACACGCACAGCUACAGUAGUGGAGUUAAACCCCUGGGUGGAAUAUGAAUUCCGUGUUGUAGCCAGUAAUAAAAUUGGAGGUGGAGAACCCAGUUUACCCUCAGAAAAAGUAAGAACUGAAGAGGCAGUUCCAGAAGUGCCUCCUUCUGAAGUCAGCGGAGGAGGUGGCAGCCGGUCAGAACUAGUGAUAACCUGGGAUCCAGUCCCUGAAGAACUCCAGAAUGGUGAAGGUUUUGGCUAUGUCGUUGCUUUCCGCCCCCUUGGGGUUACCAAUUGGAUCCAGACAGUGGUGACAUCCCCUGAUACCCCAAGAUAUGUCUUUAGGAAUGAAAGCAUCAUACCGUUUUCGCCAUAUGAAGUGAAAGUGGGUGUUUAUAAUAACGAAGGUGAAGGACCUUUUAGCCCUGUAAUGACAGUGUUUUCUGCGGAAGAAGAGCCUACAGUAGCCCCAUCUCAGGUAUUUGCCCAGAGCCUGUCUUCCUCAGAAAUUGAAGUGUCUUGGAAUGCCAUUCCCUGGAAGUUGAGCAAUGGACAUUUACUUGGCUAUGAGGUGCAGUAUUGGAAUCAUGGAGGAGAAGAAGAAUCAUCCAGCAAGAUAAAAGUGACAGGAAACGAGACAUCAGCCAGGCUCAGGGGCCUGAAGAGCAAUCUGGCAUACUACACAGCUGUCCGGGCUUACAACAGUGCCGGGGCCGGCCCCUUCAGUGACACAGUUAAUGCAACCACCAAGAAAACUCCUCCCAGUCAGCCACCAGGAAACGUUGUGUGGAAUGCUACGGACACAAAAGUAUUACUUAAUUGGGAGCAAGUGAGAGCAAUGGAGAAUGAAUCAGAAGUAACGGGAUACAAAGUCUUCUAUAGGACUAGCAGUCAGAGUAAUACACAAGUGCUGAACACAAAUAAAACUUCAGCAGAACUUUUGCUGCCCAUCAAAGAGGACUACAUUAUCGAAGUUAAAGCCACAACGGAUGGAGGAGAUGGUACCAGCAGUGAGCAGAUCAGGAUUCCAAGAAUAACUAAUAUGGAUGCACGAGGAUCCACUUCAGCUAUCUCAAUGGUCCACCCUAUGUCAAGUUAUAUGCCUAUGGUACUGUUCUUUAUUGUAAAUGCUUUGUGGUAAUAAUAAUUCUUUUUUACUAGAUCCUGGAAGGUCCCUUGCUUAACUCCCAAAAAGAGUGCUUUCCUGAAACACAGUGAUUAUGCAUGGUUGAUUUUUUUUCAACUCUAUGUUUUGAACUUUCUACUUCAUUAUAGGUAACAUAUGAAUAUAAUAAAAAAAACACUAAGUCCUUUUAGAGGAAUCUGAAAUGCCUUAAUAUUUACUUGAUUAAACCAAAGGAAUUUGCAUAUUACAUACUGCAGACUUUUGAUAUAAAUGUUCUUAAGCUAUGAGUUUAAGCACUGCCUAUGAUAAUGACUCUCUCUCUCUCACACACACACACACACAGUUUUUACUACAUUGAAAAAGCUUGUCAUUUAAUCCCUCCCAGUAGUACAGAAUUAUUGUCAGACUUAAUCAGUAUGGUUUUGAAAUAGUGAUUUUUAAAUUCCCCAAGGGUGAAAAUGCACUUAAGUAAUUAUCCUGUGGGAAAAGGAUGGCAUGUGACUCCAAAGAGUGUUAGAACAUGCUUCCCUCAUGCUGAAGAGAAGGGAGUUUGGUUUAGUGUAUUCACAAAUGGUUAUGAGACUUUACAAACCACUUUGCUCUCUUGUUCCUCUCAGUUAUCCAUCUAUACAAUGGGGCGGUAGUAGCCAUUCAAUCUGUCUCUACCACUUGAAGUAAUUGUUGACAGAUUAAAGAGGAAAUAUGGAACAUAUUUUGUCCCCUCAAAUGCA